UCCGCCGGCUGCUGUUGUUGGAGCACCGGUGUCACCAAGCGAAAGGCGCUGGUGUCGCGCCGGGAGCUGGGAAGCCACGUCUGGGACGUGCCGAAACACGGGGCUGGGGUUUGUGCUGCCGCGUGAAUACCUGCUGGGGGCUUGUAGAUCCCUGCGUGCCCUCAGUGCCUUCUCCCCAGCGUGGCUUUCUUUCCUGCCGACUCGGGUUAAAGCUUGUGUUUUAAGUGAAAAUGGGUUUUUGUGUAGCCUGUAGUGCUUUUGCAGCCUUUGGUAAAAUCACAAACCAAAGAGAAAAUGUGGCAUAAACCAUUACAAGUUUUGCAACUGGAAGUGGUGACUGUUGUUACACAAAGGUUAAUUUCAGGAGUGUGACUUUCCGGAAAUGUGGCCAAGAUAAGUGUAUAGUUACUAGUUUAUUUAACAAAUAUGAUAAGGCAAAUAGCACUUAAACUAGUUUUUUUAAUCGUGACUUCUCACGGAAGACUGGUGUUGAAGUUCAUGCUGUGCAGUAGCCUGUGGCUGAGUAUGUAAAAGAACUAAAGUUUACUCUGAAAACAGGAAGAAAAGGCAUAAGAAAAGCUACAAAGUUCUAUAUCUAUGUAGCCAGGGAUGGGCAUAACAUGGGCUAAUUGUGCUAGGCAGUCAUUUAAGCUCUCCAUGGAAGACUGGCUGAGCACAGAUUAUUGGUGAGUGUAAAGCAAACAACGAAUUAAACAGCUAAGUUUAAGGAAUUCCUUUAUUUUUUUCCCCUGCUAUGGAUCGCAUUAGUUGAUGCAGCAAGAGCUGAAACCAUAUCUGGAGUUUUGUUUCCUGCUGUUUCCAAAGAGAAGUAGAACAGGAUGGUAACAAACCUCAAUCAUAGCAGUCAAACAAGCUGUCCUUCUGUCAGGCCAAACAUCCAACUAGCCCAGCACUGUAUCUCUGAUGCUGCCCAGUGCAGAAAAACUUUGAAACAAAGAAAGGGAGCCCACUGAUUCCAUGGAUGUGGUAAGUACUGUUUUGGGGACGACAGGAAUAGUAUUGAGUUGCUGAGACUAGCAAAGUAGGAUACAUGCAAUUUAACAAGCAUAUCUAAGUGCCACAGGCCUAGAUUUCCCCAGAAAUGAUACUGACAGCUGUUUGAGCAGAUACAUAGGAAAGCCUUGUGAGUGGCGUGAGCUAAGCACAUGAACAGAUAUGGAAUGACAUGAUGUGCAGCUUCCUUUUCCCCUUCCCUUCUGCCAGCUGACAGGGUGCCUUGCCAAGCUGCAUGCUGGGGUGGGCAGACAGAUUUGAACCAUUUCAUGCACCCUGCACAAGAACUCGUAGGAAUACACAGCACCAAUACUCAAUGCAGGUACGUGCCACAGUGUAAAAGAAGGCUCUGCCUCCCAGCUUUUGCAAUAUGUCACUGUUACGUUGCUUGCCAGACUGCCAGAAUUAAGGCAAAGAAGCCAAAUGAGAGACAAACCUUGGAGAACAGAGCUGCUUAAAGAAAGCCUAUGAAACAGUACAGAAUUACUUUCCUACUAUACUAGCUUCACAGUGUAAUACAAGAGCUUUGUGUGGGCCAGGAGCUUGUGUGCAUUUGUUAGUAGUAUUUUAUAGGGUUUUGUUCUGUGUAGAUUCAUCUACUUGGGUUUUUCUUUAAUUUAUUUAUACUUCCGGUUAUCCAUAUCAUCCCUGGAGCCAUGAAUCUAAUUGUGCAACAUGAAAAAGUGUAAUAUUUUUGUUUUCAAACUUCUACCUGAUAAUUCUGUGUGUCCUAGUUCUAGUGCUGUAAGAAUUUAUGUCACCUUCAUGUGUCUCUCAUACUGCUACCUAGAUGUUUCUUUCCCAAGGUGAAUCAUUCUCAUCUAUUUAGCUUGUCCACCAAAAGAAGCCAUUCUGAGUUAUGUCAUAAUUUUCUGUAUCAUUUGUGAUUCUCUAACUGUUUUUAAGAUUGAGGACCAUUGCAGCAUUCAAUAUUCAAGAAGCAACUGAAUGCUUGUUAUAUUUAACCUUUUGAUUAGUACUGUUUUUCACAGAUCUUUCUGCAGUAACUGCUAAGUUUUUUCUUUGAAUAGUAAUAACUUAUUUAUAUCACUCUAUAGUUAUGGUUGCUUUUCCAAAUUCAGUAAUUCACAAUUGGCAAUAUUAAAUUUCACCUGCUUCUUUAUUGUAGUGUCAUUCAGUGUGACACCAUCUUCCCACAGUUCUAGAAGGAGAAAAUCUCAGAUGAGAGUGGCCAAGGGCCAACUUCUGUAAGGCAUAUGAGGACAGAUGCACAAGCAGCACUAGGGCACUGGGAAUACAUCUGCCAUUCAAUUCCACUAAGAUUUAACUAGCAGAGAACAUAACAUUUUCUUUUAUAAACAAGCAUCUCUGGACCUAGAAAAUACAAAGCAUUGCCAAAAAUAGCUAAAGUUUUGGGGUUUGUUUUGUUUGUUUUUUAAAGGAUUAAGUAGUGAGGUUGAAAUCUUGAAGGAGAACAUAUUUAAACUCGGACUAUGAAAGCAAUGGAGGAUUCAUAUUCUUCCCUCAGAGAAAUCUUCAAUGAUUGAAAACCAAGCAGUAGCAGAAAUCUUAGCUGGGACUCCACAAUGUUCAAUCAUACAAGGUGUGCAAAUAAAAAGGCCUGCAAAAGCAGAGUAAAAUGUCCAUGCCAAUCCAUAGGUAGCCUCAUAAUAAACCAUGCAGAAGAAUUAUUUGGGCUUUUGUUUUGCAUUUGUUUUGCUUAUGUAAGGAAAAAAAGGCAUUGUCCAAGAAUGGAUAGACCAUAUAUUUGGAAUUUUCCUUCUCUCUCCAGAAGGUACAGGGGAACCAGUCUCACAGAACAACUCAUGAGAUAACUUAAAGGUUAAUCUCAAGAUUAUUUUUACAAAACAGUCCAACUACUAUUACAAAUGGUGUUUCCUUCCCAGAAAGUGCUCUGGCAAAACGCUGGACCUGAACACUCAGCCAGUACUGAGAACCUGUUAUUAUGAAGAGCUACAUUUUAAUUAUGCAUGAUCUAUAAAUGUGCAAAUUUUGCCAAGCAUGGUUCCCUGCUUGGUAUCCAAAGCUUGUGCUUACCUGAUCGUACUCUGCAAUGCACAAAAAAGCACACUUCAGAAGAGAAAACAGAUCCAGAAGAGAGAAAAAAGAAUCCAGCAUAGUGAUCUGGGAUUGCCAUCAAAACUGCAAGUCAAAGGUCUGGUCUGCUCUAAUUAACCAUUUUAUGGAAGUUAACAAAAUGCCUUUUUUCCUCCUGGCACUAUCUUCUUUGAGUGUCUUUGUUGUUUGGCCCUUUUUGCUGAGGUGCAAAAUGCUUCACGAGUCAAACAGCUUAAAGAGCUCAUUGAUCUGGAAAGCUGUACAGAGAGGUGCUACAUCAUCUCACCACUGUCCAGAGUGAGCUGGCUGGACUAAAGGUAAAGUGCUGGCUGUGUCAGUGUUGGCUGCAGGGGAGAGGGUUUAACUGGAUCAGAGCUGGCCUCUUGCAAAGAAGAGUUUGAGUAGAACCAGCACAUGGUGGGGAAAAGGCCGUGUGUCCCUUUGCGAACAGGAGCCAAUAGGAGUAUCCUCCUGCGUACGCUUUCUGCCUGGGUCUGAGAAGUCCCCAGGAAAGAUGUCAGCUGCGAAUAGGAUGCAGCUAGAGGAAUUUUUGUGGCAGGCUGCUGCCAGCCUGUCCAUCUCUGGGGUACAGCCCAGCCCUAGCCUGCCUUCCUAUUUCUGCUUUCAGAUUUUGUUUGUGUUGGAGGCAGCAUUCCUGUGUUUCACAGAGACACGCUCAGGCAUGGAACUCUGCUCCAUCCUGGUUCAUUUUCCAGACUAAAAACAAAAUAGCAAGACUGAUUCCUGUAUGUCUGAGCUUUGUCACUUCUGUUAGCUGUUUUGAUUUCCUAGAUUGGAGGGGUGAGGGGGAACCCUACUGUUGCACAUUUGAAAUGCCUUGCCCUACAUGCCUUUUCUUUUUAUAGUCGUGUCACAUUUUGCGCUAUCAGCAUUUCAGUUAAACCACUUCUAACUUUUCAUCUGUCAAGUUCCUUCUUAAAAACAACAACAAAAAACCCCAGCUAACAAUAAGACUUGAAAUACCCUGAAAGGCAGAAAUCAGAUUUAAAUCCCUGUGAUGUGACCAGGUUUUGCCAAGUACACUGUUACGUGUUUGGUAAACUAAGCUGUCUCAAGCUUUGACAGAAGCUGAUCUGGAUUGAUAGGAAUCCCAGCAACGGUAUUGUCUAUGUGAAUGUGCUGAUCUGAUAAAACAUGGAAAUGACUACAAGAUAACAGAUCAGCCACCUGAUGGCAGGAUUUGGAAUUAUGAAUUACAUCAAGCAAAGGUCAGUGUUAUGCCAACAGGCAAGAUGUGAUCUGGUUGUCAUACGGAGACUGCAGUGAAGUAUAUGUGCCUCACAUUCCCUUGCUUUGUAUGCUUCUUUGACUCAGGGCACUAAUUAUUUUGAUGGUGUUGAGACAGGUUCUUUGGUUUUGUUAUCAGCAGAUCUAAUCUAAAACUUCAAAUACGAGUCAUUCUAAACCUUUCCAUCAUGGUGAAAGAACAUACUUAGCACACACAUGCACAUACAGGAAAAAAGCGGUUCCUAAAAUGUUAUGAGUUUCUGUUUUCAGUCACUUCAGAAGCAGGACUGAUGGUACUUGCUCCCUGACACACUGGCAUACCCUCCUUCACUCAGCUACAGAAUGCCUCCGCUCCUGGGUAACAGCAGUUCACAUGAACAGGCUGCUGAACAUUAUGCAUCAGAAUCCAUUGUCUCCAUUGCUAUCUUCAUCAUCAUUUUCAUCAUAGGUAUCCCAGGCAAUGGACUGGUGAUAUGGGUAGCUGGUCUGAAAAUGAAAAGGUCUGUGAAUAUUGUCUGGUUCCUAAACCUUGCUGUGGCUGACUUCAUUUGCUGCCUAUCCUUGCCAUUUUCCGUUGUUCACCUGGCCCUCCAUGAACACUGGCUGUAUGGUUGGUUCCUCUGCAAAGUCAUCCCAUCAGUCAUAAUCUUCACCAUGUUUGCUAGCGUCUUCCUACUGACAGCCAUCAGCAUUGACCGGUGCCUUCUUGUGAUGAAACCUAUCUGGUGUCAAAAUCAUCGAACAGUGAAACCUGUAUUACUAAUAUGCAGUGGCAUUUGGAUCCUGGCCUUCGUUUUUUGCUGUCCUGUCUUCCACUACCGUGAGACUAGCAGUCAUGAUGGCAAAACUGAGUGUGGGUACAAUUUUGGAGAUCACAUAGUGCCAGAUUAUGUGGAUAGUCCUGUAAAUGAGUUACAGGAAGAAUACUCACUGUUAGACUACAGUCGUAAUGACUCCUUGGUUAACGUCUAUGAAGGUGAUUAUCCUGUGUCACUUGCCUUAGUGGCAAUAAACAUCACUAGGGCUGUCUUUGGCUUCAUGCUCCCCUUUGGCACAAUGGCAGUUUGCUAUGCCCUCAUUGUUUUCCGAACACAUGCAAAACAGCUUCACAAGCCACACAACAGAAUGCUGAAAACAGUUGUGCUUGUGGUAGCUGCAUUCUUCAUUUGCUGGGCUCCAUACCACAUAGUUGGGAUUCUGUACCUUAUACCUACUCUGGGAACACGACUGGGGCAGUCAUUGAUCCUCUGGGAUUACCUCUCUACAGCACUUGCAUAUGCCAACAGCUGCAUCAAUCCCCUGGUCUAUGUUUUUGUGGGGCGGGACUUCAGGGCAAAGGCAAGACACUCACUGCAAGGAAUCUUGGAAGGUGUCUUUACUGAGGAGUCAACACGUUCCAUCCCCUGCUCUCUUCACAGAGGCAAGACUUCAGCAGAGAAGAACACGAGCAGCACAGUGUAAUGCAAGACUUCUGAUCACCACUGUAGAAAUAGGAGCUAUGGCCCCACACAUCCCUCUCCACUUAACAGCUUUUUUUUUUUCUCCAGCACAUUUGAUUAAUCUGCAGCUCCACAUACAAAGCACUGAAAUGGUUCAGCUCACAACAGCAAACCCCCUUUAGAUACUACAGAGAUGGGAAGUUGAAGUACCAAGAGUAAUAAUGUCAGGGAAAAUAGUGGUGAAGGAGACAAGAGUAGUACUUCAACCUUUAAAGAUGAAAGCAGGCUGGCAGGAUGAUUUGUGGUGGGAUCAUGUAGUUUAACCUCUGAAUUGCUAGAGGAGAACAUCAUUAGAGUUAUUUGCAUGUCUACAUUCUACAUCUCCUGUCUCUGAUAAACGGCAGAUGAAAGCAA